AGAGUCGCAAUAGGACACGCGAUUACGGGGCUGAUGAAUGAUCACUGAAAUGAUGAAUUAAGAUUUUUAGAAGGGGAACGAAGGGCUUCUGUGCCUGCUGAGCGAGUGACAACACUACUCAACAACAACAAGAAGCAACAGGAACUUCGUUUUCGUUACCUGUUCUCGUCGCCGUCAACGGUAACGCUUAUAACUAGGAGAAAAACUACCUACUGCAUUGCCCUCGAAGACGAAAAUGAGUUCUGGCACUGCUGGUAGUGGAGGCAAGGUAACGACAUUCCUUGCCGGACUAUUCAAGCCAAAAGACGAACUUACUCAAGAUUAAGAUUGGCUUUUCAUGAGGCAAUCUAGUGUGAGGAGUGUUCCUGAGUGGGUUCACUUUCUUUUACUCGUCCUUCUAGAAUCCUUACAAUUGAUUCUCAUCUGGAAAUGAUUUCAUCAAGGCCAGGCCAACAUUAGAAGAAAAAUAGAAAACCAUUUCGUAUUCCUAUUCCAAGACCAAGAAUUCUUCCCUCUAAAAUGAUUUGGAUUUUGUUGCUGCAUGCGACGACGAGGUCGAAUCUGAGGAAAUCAAGCAGAAAAUGGCAAGAAUAAAGAUGCGGAUCGAACCGGGGUAUCGACUCGAAGAACGUGCGACAACGAUGAAGUACAUUCAAGAGGCUAUCUACGACACGAAAAGCUGGCGCAGGGUCUACAAUGGCCUACGCCUAUUGGAAAGAGUACUUCUAUCGUCCUUACUUGGACAGCACUUCUCAUUCAAUCUUUUAUGUAUUACCUGCUUCUAUAACCAUGUCUAACUAUGUAUAAUGGUAGUCGUCGUCGUGCCCGUGCUUGUGUAGUUGUUCGCACUCGUAGAUGUAAUUAUUUAUUUUGAUGUUGCUCUUUGUCUUUCAUCUUGUCUUUGAAGAACUGUUGAAGAUGAUGAUGAUACUUACUGACCGAUAAAUUUUCAAACAUGGGGUUGUUUAGGAAUAGUUUCUUCUACAGAUGUGUUUCUCUUCUCUCAUCUAGAAGGGCAUUGUAGACGAGCGGAUCAGGUAAUGCAAAUCGCGGUCCUUGCUGAAGAGCAGCGUGAGGGACGGCAUUUUGAUGUGGUGCAACAGUGUGCUUUGUUGAUGGCAUUUUCGCACGAAGAUAAGCGCGUAACACAUCUCGUUCGCAAGCGCGCUCAGCAUGUUCGAGAAACCGCACUCCAAGUCCUGAAUGUGGUAGCUGAUGAUUCAUCCGGAGGCGCAACGAGAGGAGCGAGUAGUGGAGCAGGUGAUCCGCUGUCCACAGCAGAGAGCGCCUCCAUUAGCAGCACUGGCAGAGGAGGGGCCUCAUCAUCCACAUCAUGCACACCUCGACCACACGUAGAUCUGCUGUCAGCAGACCCAAGCAAGCAGAGCCCAUCACCAAAUACGCCGAUUAGCGAUCCUCCAGGGAGUAGAGGUUCGACAAAUAUUACGGCAUGACGUUUUUGGUAGGUUCGAGCUCUGAUCAAUCGACAUCACUGUCAACCAUACAAUCAAUCUUCCCUUGUUCUAAAUAUUGAACUGGCGGAGCUCUUUGUUAUUUCAUCGCUGGAUGAUUAAAAUCACAGACGACAGAGAUUUCACGAUGUAGUACUUUUCUGCUCUAACGUAUGUGGAAUCUACGCGAACUUUUAUCAGAGUGACAAGAGAGGCGCCGCACUGACAAGCGCCACAGGUAGCACGAUUUGCUACACGAAACACAGGGAAGAUACCGACAGUGAAGAGGAGGGAGACCACAAUGUACGAGCACCACCAGCAGCAUACUCAUACAAUCAGAGCAUUAUGAACGCGAAAAGCGAAUUUGCUGAGAUAUCUAAACAUAAACUCGAUGAUGAAAAGGCUAAAGAUUCUGUUAGAGGUAGGUUUUGGUUGCUUCUGUUUCCUGUUUUGUUCUGCUUUUAUUUUCUUCCUUAGGAGAGGCAAAGCAAACGGCGACAGGAAUACCUAAGGCCUACCCCUAAUACUGGCACUUUGUCAGAAGGUGACACUAACAGAGAUAGUUUUAGACGAAGACGGAAGAUACAGAAACCAGGGAAAGAGAAGAUGAACAUAAAGUGUACGUGUACCAUCACUUAAAGUCAAUAUAAAUCACUUUCGUCAUUAUCAUCCCCAUCGAAUCAUGAUAUUGGCAUAAAUUGAAAUACAAAUUUCAAUCUGAAUUUGUUCUUUCUCUUCUUCCUGUUCAUACCGUAUCAGGGCCCAGUCAGAGGCAACAACAUGGCCAGUUCUGGUACUUCUGUUGACCUCCUCGAUGCAAUGGAGGACUCGGCACCAUCAGGUGGAGCUCUGCCACCUCCAGUUUCUUCUGCGCCAACCGUAACGAACUUGAUAGAUCUUCUCUAGUUCGUCUUACUGCAGCGUGGCGGGUGAAGAAGGAGAACGAGAAGCGUUUUUUAAGAAGCUAACAGUUAGCUAAGCAUCUACACGCACGAGACGUGGUUGCUGUAACUUGGGAUGGGAAUUUUCUUCCGGAAAGAACGAAGGACAAUGAAUGUAGGAACUUUAUUUAGUCGACCGCGGGAUUGAUAGGUCACACGUCUGCACAACAUUGAAAGAGACUUCUUCUGGGAGGUGCGCGACUUUUUACACGAGAUUGGGAUCAGCACACUCACGGAAAAAAAAUUCAUAUCGAGUCGCAUACGGCUCUCACUCUCAGGGAAUUUGUCGAAUGUUUUGUAACCUCGUCGAUGUCGAGGUGUGCUUAUUUCGAAUCGAGUGAAUUUAUCAACAUGCUGCUCCUUCUCUCUGUCGUGUUGAUGUCCUUUUUUCUACAAACUGACCCAAACUGCCUCGCGGAAGCGUGGCAUCGUUCUGCACCCAAGUUUCCGUGAUGUAAGCACGUACCUAGAUACUCUGUACCUUCUUCUAGUAGAGUGUUCGUAUUCAUCUCAACUUGAUUCUUUUCACAUUUACAACCGACCCCGUGAAGC